AGCUUUUUUACCCUCUCCCCUUCAGAUAACAUAGCAACAAUGUGCCAGAGAAAAAGGAAGCAACCCCUGGCUACACUGCCAUACCACCGGGCGCCAGCCUUCUUGCGAUUUAAUCCUUUCAUUAAAAAGGGUUACCGCUCAAACCUGUCAACAGCUCAGUGCUUCCACAGUAUCCUCUCGUGGAACAACGAAACUCUGAAUGUCUGGUCCCAUGUACUGGGAUUUGCCGUCUUCCUUGGUCUAUUCGUGUAUGAUGUGACGGUAGUUUUCUACAAAUACAAAGGCACCGAGUAUGAUGCUAUUGUUGCAGCAUUUGUCCUUCUUUCUUUCAUGACAUGUAUGCUGCUCUCCUCUCUAUACCACACCUUGAAUUGUCAGUCUGAGCACUCGUUCAAAAAAUGGCUCUCGUAUGAUAUAUUUGGAAUAUCGACCUCUUUUCUUGCCAUUUUUCUUAGUGGCAUUUACUAUGGAUUCUGGUGCCCACAGUACCUUACUCUUCGUUAUGCAUACAUGAGUUUGGUGUGUGUGCUGUUUGCAGGAGCUAUGAUGUUCCUCUUAAUGCCCAAAUUGAUGGGCCAUGAGUGGGAAUGGGCUCGGGUAGCUCUCUUCAGCGGCUGGGCUGUGUCUGGUCUUCUGCCAACCAUCCACUGGGCACACCUCCAUGGGGGUGUCGAGUCUGGCAUUGUACAGAUUUUUUUGCCUCGUAUCUUUGUUAUGUAUGGCAUCAGUGGUGCAGCUGUGGUUGUUUAUGUGUGGAAAGUUCCAGAGAGGUAUUUUCCCGGUAGGUUUGAUUUUGUUGGAGCUUCACAUCAGCUUUGGCAUUUGAUUAUAAUAGCUGCUUUAGUAUACUGGCACCAAACAGGCUUGGAGUAUGCUCGCUAUAGGCUGACCUAUGGAUGCAACACAGGCCUCAUGAAUCAGUGAGAUAUGUAUAUAUGAAGGUAAAUAAAAUGCAGCUAUUUUUGGCAAGACAGAUGCAUUGUGGCACCAGAGUGACUCGAUACUUAUUAUUACCAAUCAUUAAUUUAUUGAUAAUUGUCCAUAUUUGUUUGUAUUUUAUGGGUUGUACAGUACCUAUUGCCAAUUUGUUUAUUGAUGUUAUAAUAACUGGUUGUUAUACCUGACUGUGAUAAAGUUACUGUGGUUGUGGUUUUAGAAUUGGUUCCUAAAAAUCUCGGUGCUCGACAACAUCCUCAUUGUUAACUGUAAGAUUGCUGUUGAUAAUCAAAUGAAACAGUCUUCCAUGAUAUGCCUACCUCGGAACUGCUGAUUUUGACAAUGCUUUGUGCGAAGAUUAUUGAUGCAAGAAUUGGUGAUAUUACAAUACAGUACAGCACUAUUUGAUGUAAUAAGUAGUGUACUGUACUGUACAAUACUUGGCAAUGCAGUACUGGGUGUGAUUAUUUUUGGUAUUACAAUAUGUAUACAGUACUGUAUCUCUAAAAAUUACUUUAUUCACUAUAUUUCAGUUAUAUAAAUAUAAAAUAAAAAGUUUCCAGUCUCUGCAUAUUGGAAAAAAAAGAGGAGAGAAUUGAAGAUGUUUGCAUCUCUAAUAAUCACAUAUCAUGUUAUAUUUUGUGAAAGCAAUAAGAAGUUGUAUGCAUCCUGUUUGUAUUUUCCAUAGAAUUAAAUGAUUGGAAAUAAAAUAUUGUAACAUGUAGAUAGAGAAUUUCUUCUAAGGCUUUAAAAGCCCAUAAUCUUAAGAUGCAUUAGAGAUUUGAGGUUAGACCACAAUAGCCAUAAUCUUAGUUGAGCUACCAAGGCAUAUGUUUACGGUUACAAUGUAGUCAGUAAGGUUUGCUGUGUUGUUAAAUAUUAAAAUGUGUUGUUAAAUGUGUACUGAAGGGUAUUUGUGAGUACAAUAGGCAUACUGCAGUUUGACUGCAGUAUUGGAUGUGCACUUGAAAGUUUAUCGUUAUUAUGGCAAGGUUAUGUUAAUCAUAGUUUCAAGUGAUUUUAGUAAGCAUAUUUUUUAAGUUUUUAGAAAGCCCAUAGUCAUAGUCUGAUUUUUUUAUACACACAUAUAUUAAAGAUAUCCAGUAGGAUUAUUAUAAUAGUUUGAAAUGUUUUUUUUAUUGUUAUUCUAAUGAAGUAUUAUGAUUUCUGGCAAACCUACAGUAGCUAGCAAUCGUUUUUGUAUUGUAUUUCGGAACUGUAUGGUAAACAAAAAGCUUUAUACAGAAAGUUGUU